AUGAAUGAAAUUUUUCGACUCGCCUCUGCUACAAUAAUGACUUUGGUUUCAAGUAUCGGAAUCGUUGUGAAUACCUAUGUAUUAUAUGCUCUUGUGAAGAAAGAAGGGUUAUUGAGCAUUUUUUACAAAUUAUGCAUCUCAAAGACCAUAUGCAAUUUGAUCACUUGCGCUGCUUUUUUGAUGUGGUCAGCGUGCACUUUUCUAAAUUUCUAUUAUCUACCGUAUUGGGGAAAUAUAUUUUGGGGACAGAUUGCCGGAUGGGGAGCUUAUAUAACGGAAGGUUGUGGCUACAUCUACUCAAUUGAGAUUGUGUCGUGGCUGCCUGAGAACUCGGAAUGUGCAAUCAGGCAUGCCGAUCAAAUAUUCUACUUUAUUUUAUUAGUUGCUAUUGUUUCCAAUUCUUCCAAUUUGGCAACAUUCGUAAAACUUAUGAAAGUGAGCGUCACUCAGGAUUGCUUGCACAUGAUCGACAUGCUCGCGUGUCAAGUCAUUUACAAGUUCAACGACGCUCUCUGGUUCCAAUUCAUUUGCAUGUCCGUUGUGUGGCUCACAAUUCAUGUUUUUGACGGGUUUGUCAUGAUGAUCUACAAUCGGGAUAUCCAUCCAUCCUUCUUGAAACGGAAACGGAAAACUGUCCAGACCAUGUUUGCCUCUUCUACCAGAAUUGCUUAA